UUUAUCCGUUUAAAAUCAAACUAAAUCCUAGUAAAUAUCUACAAAUAUUAAAAACUGAGGUAAUAUCCUACUUAGUUACAAAAGUAAAGUUCCUAACAAAUAUUUGUUUAUUGAUAACACAAUGAUCAUAGCUGUUGCGGGGGAUAGUGAUUGCGUCUGCCGACCUGACCCCGGCGUGAUUCGAGAUAAAUCUCAACAAACAACAGGUCAUUCAGCUGUCGACAGCUGUUCGGGACACACUGUGCUACUCAUGAAGACUGAGGAACGUCGCGUGGAACAAGAAAGUCAGGACAAAAAUAUAAAUUUUACUAAUCCAAGCCCAAGAAUGCCGAACAUCAAGGUUUUCACCGGGAGUUCUCAUCCGGACCUCGCACAAAAAAUUGCGUCACGACUCGGGCUAAAUAUUGGAAAAGCUACCACUAAGAAGUUCAGCAAUAAAGAAACUAAUGUGGAAAUCGGCGAAUCAGUACGAGGAGAAGACGUCUAUAUUGUCCAAAGUGGUUGUGGUGAAAUCAACGACAAUCUAAUGGAGUUAUUUAUCAUGAUCAACGCUUGCAAAAUUGCAUCAGCAUCAAGAGUCACAGCUGUAAUCCCAAGUUUCCCUUACUCGAGACAAGACAAGAAAGAUAAAAGUCGAGCUCCAAUCACAGCCAAACUUCUCGCUAAUCUUACAUCGGUCGCAGGCGCAGACCACGUAAUUACAAUAGAUCUACAUUCUUCUCAAAUCCAAGGCUUCUUUAACAUACCCGUGGACAACCUUUACGCUGAGCCAGCUAUCACAAAAUGGAUAAAGGAAAACAUUCCAGAUUGGAAAAGCAGUGUGAUGGUUUCUCCAGACGCGGGAGGUGUUAAAAGAAUGACAGGAAUUGCCGAUAGACUCGACAUUGAUUUCGCUAUCAUCCAUAAAGAAAGUAAGAGAACUAUAGAUGGAGAUUCAACAGUUCUGGUCGGUGAUGUAAGAAACCGUAUUGCAAUAAUGGUGGAUGAUUUAGCAGACACUUGUGAUACUAUCAUCAAAGGUGCGGAGAAACUGCGUGAAGCGGGCGCCAGUAAAAUCUACGCUAUAUUGACUCAUGGUGUUUUGGCUGGGAAUGCUAUAGAAAAAAUCAACUCUUCGUGUUUGGAAGCGAUUGUUGUGACGAAUACCAUCCCACAAGAUAGGCACAUGAAAAUCUGUCCGAAACUGCAAACGAUCGACAUUUCUGUGAUGUUGGCAGAAGCAAUAAGACGCAUACACUACGCGGAAUCAGUAUCGUAUUUGUUCACCAAUGUGCCUUAUUAAACUGUAGUCAAUUCUAUUCAAACCUGUGCUGAAUAGAAAGACACAAUCAAUUUUAAUAGCGUCCAUUUGAUUAUAUUUUUAUUGUAUUUUAAAACUCAUAUCAACGAUUGAAAGAAGUAAUCUGUUUAUAAUGGCA